AUAAUUUUUUAACCUGUGAAGUACUAGUUUUUAAAGUUUAUAAACACAACCAAACAAAAUCCACAAUGCAGGCCAACAAUGGUUUUAUUAAGAGCACCAGUUUCAUACCCGUAAAAAUCUAUCAGUCGGUCAGUUCGCUAUAUAUGACCUGCAUAUCGAAGUUGCCACGGGACUCCAUUCAGCCGGAGUGUGAUCAGGGCUUGGUGAUCGAACAGGCACUGGUUUCGUCCGUGGAUUCGACUCUUCGUCCUUUGGACUACCAGAAAAGGCAGCGAGAGGCGCGUAAGAUUCUUCUGAAAUCUCAGGAGAAUCUCCUGAAACUCAUGCACCACAGCCAGAUACUUACGGAUUCCGAGAGUAACCUCACAGAUGACGACGAAGAUGCGAAGUGCAGGGAGCCAGUGCGUCUCAAGUCGACUAUAUUGCUAAACGAAUACCGAAAACUGUACGAAGCGCCAAAACAAACUAAACUUGAUUAUAUCGUAUCUAUUGAGGAAAUUGUUCAAAAUUUAUGGCUUAUACUACGGCUCUUGAUUGUGGCUUGCAGCGUAUAUGCUUUGAUACAUCACGACUAUUUUCUAUCGAAGAUCGGCAAAACGUAUCUUUGAUUCGAAUUGUGGCGGCGAAUGCGGUGACCAAAACAAAAUCCAGUAAAUCGUAUAAAGACCGGGAAAAAUUGAGGAAAUACCGCUUAUGUAAAGUAGAAUAUCCGCUGGCAGGCGAACGGAAGGCGAGGUGCGAAAACAAUAAAAAGCGGACGGAAGUGGACAGCGACGGAAACCGAACGAAUGCCACAUAAUAGAUGGAUAUACUGUAAUCCCAAAGACCAAUAGACCGGCUACCGGGCAUUUGGAGUCUUCUGUCCGUUGCCAAUUUGUCGAAAUGCUUUUUCCGCUUUUCCGGCACGGCGCCGCAAUUGAAUUUCGUUUCGUAAAGGAAAUGACUUAACCAAAAAACCAAAUCUCUUUUAUUUCAUCCAUCUUCAAGUGGCUCAGGAAGCUCCAUAGGAUGGGUUUUCAAUUGCACAACAACAACGCAAGAAAAAAGAGCUCCAGAGCAAUGUUAUAUUUUUUAAUUAGUUCAUUGCCUGCACUGGCGCGAUAUUUCCCACGAAACUUCAUCUGUUCAUGGGGUAAACAAAUGAAGUGAAUCAACAGAAAAAGAAAAAAAUGGGGAAAAACAAGCUGAAAAUACAGAAUUAUGAAAAGAGUUUUCGAAGCCACAC